AUGAGACCCGCUCAGGGCUGCGCAACUCCGUGGAGUACGUCGUGCGAGAGAUCCAGGACAUCCGGCGUCGAAGAACGACGGGAUGGAGGCGACGAUGGACGCCGGCUCUCGCUGGCCAUCAUCAAGGAGGCGUUCCUGGUACCCAGCAACCUGUACCGUUUUUACCUGACCGGCAUGGCCCAGCUGAUGUCCCAGUGGUCAGGCGCGGGCUCCAUCACGCUCUACGCACCGGACCCCUUCAAACUCCUCGGGAUCACAGGCUCCAACGAGUCACUCUUGGUGACGGCCGUCUUCGGCAUUGUGAAGUUCGUCGCGGCGAUCGUCUGCGCGCUCUUCCUCUUCGGUUGGCAGAACGGCCCGAUUCUCCGAGGCCCUCAGAUCACGUCCAUUCUCUAA